AUGCCUCAUAUUAACCAGAUUGCUGUCAAGACCAUUGGAACCAAUGACAGCUUUUCUGCUUACGUCAUUCCAAAAAUGCCUAUAUCAUCUGCAGCCCAAGAUAUCACAGGGAUUGUGUACAACGACAGCGGCACAAUGACUGUUCGUGGAAAACAUGUGGAACCAAAGACCUUGAGUUCUGCUGUUACCAAGUUAUGCGAUUGGCUAGCCCAGUAUCCGCAUGUGUUUCUAGUUGCCCACAAUGGAAAGACGUUUGAUUACCCUGUGUUCCUGUCUGCAUUGAGCAGUAUCGGUAGUGUGGGCAGAUUCAUGGAUUGUGUAAUAGGACUCAUCGAUAGCUUGGCCGUCUUCAAGAAAAAAUACCCCCGUUUAUCAUCUUACAAACAGGAAGAACUUGCUAAAUCCCUUUUGAAUGCUACGUAUGGAGCACAUGAUGCUGAAGAGGACGUGAAUAUACUUGUGGACCUUGUUUCACACUAA